AUGUAAGUUUAAGGUAAACUUAUCUGUUAAAAGUUACUUUUAUUGAUUAAGCAGGUAACCAAAAGGAAAAGUAAUUAAUUAUAUAAAGAUUUAAGACUUGAUGAAGCCGCCUAUAAAAAUGAAUUUUUGUUGGUUGUAUGAAAUUUUAUCGUUGCUUUAGGAUAUCUUAAUUAAUUACUUAUUCCAUAUAGAUAAUAAAAAAUAACUAGGAUUUUCUAGGAAUAUUUAACUGGAGAAUCUUAUAUUUCACUAAUAGCAUAUUAAAAAAUAAUCUAAGAGCACUAAUAAAACCCUUUAAACACUAAUGUUUGCUUAAAGAUGA